ACACCCCCACUCCUCCCCCCCAUAUGUACAUACAAUUAUUAUAUACACAGAUUCCCUCGCCCUCCCUCCAACACACAGGAGAUAUAGACGCUAGUUAACCGCUUACUGCGUGAACUGUGUGUAACAGUGGAUCUUUCUUGGUCUGCUUCAAAGCCCUGAGUACCAAAAAGGAGGGCUUGGGCUUGGGCUGAGAGGGAUUUAUCUCUUUGUGACUGCGCUUGUUCCUUUUUUCUGUUUUUGGGUGUGUUUUGUUUUUAGCUCUUCGGUCAAUCUCGUGGUUAUGGAGAGAUCUGACGGAAAAGGUUUGAAUGACUUCAUCCACCCAUCCAGCAGCUCAGUUUCUGAUAGUGCGCUGUUUGAUGCAUCUCAAUACGCUUUUUUCGGGAAAGGUGUAGUGGAUGAAGUCGAACUGGGGGGUUUGGAAUAUGAAGAUGAGGAUGUUCCAGUGAUUGGUGGCAAAUUUGGUGGAGAGGAUGAGUUGAAUGAGUAUCAUUUGUUUGACAAAGAUGAGGGAUCAGGAUUAGGAUCAUUGUCUGACAUGGAUGACCUGGCUACUACCUUUGCAAAGCUGAACAGAGUUGUUUCUGGACCAAGACAUCCUGGCGUUAUUGGUGAUCGAGGAUCUGGAUCUUUCUCAAGGGAAAGUUCAUCGGCUACAGAAUGGGCUCGAGAAGCUGAUUUUCCUGAUUGGCCCGACCAUCACAUGUCUGACUCAGAAUGCUAUGAGGAAAGCAAGAGAUGGUCAUCACAGCCCCGUCUCUCUUCAAUGUAUCUUCCAGAAUCAAAACCAUUAUACAGAGCAUCCUCGUACCCUGAGCAGCCGCAACCACUGCAACAUUUCUCUAGUGAGCCCAUUUUAGUCCCAAAGUCAUCUUUUACUUCCUUCCCUCCACCGGAAUCUCAACAAGUGUCGCAGGGCAAUACUCAUCAUCUUAAUAUGUCAUCGCUGUCUGGUGGGCCUCAGUCUCCUUUCUCUGCACCGAACAAUGCUGCACUGUCUAAUUUUGCUCUGCAUUUGUCUGGCUUGCCUCAUGGAUUCCAUUAUAAUACCAACAUGUCUCACUUAACCUCAUCCAACGUCUCUCGCCAUAAUCGGCUUCAAAACCAAUGGAGUAGCCAUGCGGGUGUUCUUCAUGGGGAUCAUUCUAUACCCUUGAACAAUAUCUUGCAGCACCAGUAUCAAAAUGGGUUAUUACCAUUGCAACUGCUAUCCCCACAGCAACAGAGGGGUCGCCCUUCUUUUCAACAAUCACUAGCCCAUCUGUCAGCGUUACAGUCACAAAUAUUUAAUACCUUUCCUUCACCAGCACAUUUGAGUAAAUAUGGACUUGCUGAUAAGAGAGAGUCAAAACCUAAAUCAGCACAGAAAGGUAGACAUUCUGUGCGAUUUUCCCAUCAAGGCUCUGAUGCUAGCAGCCAUAAGAGUGACAGUAACUUGCCACAGUUCAGAUCAAAGUACAUGACUGCUGAAGAAAUAGAGAGCAUACUUAAAAUGCAGCAUGCUGCAACCCAUGGCAAUGACCCAUAUAUUGAUGAUUAUUACCACCAAGGCCGUCUUGCUAAGAAAUCUGCUGAAACAAGGUCAAAAUAUCGUUUUUGCCCAUCCCACCAGAGGGAACAAUCAUCCCGAUCCCGUAACAGUAGUGACUCACAACCACAUCUUCAUGUUGAUGCUCUUGGAAGGGUUUGCUUAUCUUCAAUUCGUAGGCCGCGCCCUCUUCUUGAAGUUGACCCGCCUCCCUCUGCUUGUGGAGAUGGAAAUCCUGAGCAGAAAAUAUCAGAGAAGCCUUUGGAACACGAACCGAUGCUUGCAGCUAGGGUAACAAUUGAAGAUGCACUUUGUCUUCUUCUGGAUGUGGAAGACAUUGACCGACUCUUACAGCAUACUCAACCCCAGGAUGGUGGAAGCCAGCUUAGGCGGAAGCGCCAUGUUCUCUUAGAAGGCUUAGCUGCGUCUCUUCAGCUGGUUGACCCACUAGGGAAAAGUGGUAACUCUGUUGGGCUGUCCGCCAAGGAUGAUAUAGCAUUUUUACGUAUUGUUUCCCUCUCCAAAGGCCGGAAACUGAUCUCGAAGUUUCUUCAGCUUCUUUUACCUGGCAGCGAACUUGCUCGAAUAGUCUGCAUGGCCAUCUUCCGCCAUUUAAGAUUUCUCUUCGGGGGUCUACCUUCUGAUCCAGAAGCGGCCAAUACCAUUAGCGAUCUUGCUAAAACAGUCUCUGUAUGUGUCAGUGGCAUGGAUCUUAAUUCACUUAGUGCUUGUCUUGCUGCUGUGGUUUGUUCCUCCGAACGCCCACCUCUCCGUCCAGUAGGGAGCCCUGCUCGAGAUGGUGCCUCAGUCAUCUUGAAGUCUGUUUUAGAAAGAGCAACUUACUUAUUAAGGGAUCCUCAGUUUUCCAGUAACUUCAGCAUUCCUAAUCCUACUCUCUGGCAGGCUUCCUUUGAUGCCUUCUUUGGUCUCCUGACAAAGUACUGUGUGAGCAAAUAUGAUAGUAUUGUGCAAUCAUUAAUUGCACAGAACGUGCCAAACACAGAGGCAAUUGGUUCAGAGGCUGCAAGAGCUGUGAGUAGGGAGAUUCCCGUGGAACUUCUUCGUGCUAGUCUGCCACACACUGAUGAGAGUCAGAAGAAGUUGUUACUGAAUUUUGCUCAGCGAUCCAUGCCUGUUACUGGGUUUAAUGCUCAUAGCGGAAGUAGUGCACAAAUAAAUCCCGAGUCAGUGCGAGGCUGAGAUGGUGACUUUCACACACUAUUAGUUCUAAAUGUGGUCUCUUGAGGCCAUUCUCUUGGCUGCUCUUCUUUUCUCUGGGUAUUUUGCUUUUAUGUCUGUGAUACUAAGAUCGAAGCAUGGAGCACACUGCAUGUGCAUGCUUCUGGCGGAA